GGGCCGGGCCGCAGGAGGUCCGGUCCCUCGGCGCAGCCGGACGCGAUCGCCGCCGUCACCGGGAGCCGCCGCCCCGCCCGCCGGGACCGCCGGUCUCCCGAGCUGGCCAGGAUGGCGCAGUGGAACCAGCUGCAGCAGCUCGACACGCGCUACCUGGAGCAGCUCCACCAGCUCUACAGCGACAGCUUCCCCAUGGAGCUCCGGCAGUUCCUGGCCCCCUGGAUUGAAAGCCAGGACUGGGCCUAUGCUGCCAGCAAGGAGUCUCACGCCACGCUGGUGUUCCACAACCUGCUGGGGGAGAUUGACCAGCAGUACAGCCGCUUCCUGCAGGAGUCCAACGUCCUCUACCAGCACAACCUGCGCCGCAUCAAGCAGUUCCUGCAGAGCAGAUACCUGGAGAAGCCAAUGGAGAUCGCCCGCAUCGUGGCUCGCUGCCUCUGGGAAGAGUCCCGGCUCCUCCAGACAGCUGCUACUGCAGCCCAGCAAGGGGGACAGGCAACACAUCCCACAGCAGCUGUGGUGACAGAGAAGCAGCAGAUGCUGGAGCAGCACCUGCAGGAUGUCAGGAAGAGGGUGCAGGAUUUGGAGCAGAAGAUGAAAGUGGUGGAGAAUCUCCAGGAUGACUUUGAUUUUAACUACAAGACUUUGAAAAGCCAAGGAGACAUGCAGGACCUGAACGGGAACAACCAGUCAGUGACCAGGCAGAAGAUGCAGCAGCUGGAGCAAAUGCUGACAGCACUGGACCAGAUGCGCAGGGGCAUAGUGAGUGAGCUGGCUGGGCUGCUCUCAGCCAUGGAGUAUGUGCAGAAGAUGCUGGCAGAUGAGGAACUGGCAGACUGGAAGAGGAGACAGCAGAUUGCCUGCAUUGGUGGCCCACCCAAUAUCUGCCUGGACAGGCUUGAGAACUGGAUAACUUCCCUUGCUGAAUCACAGCUACAGACCCGGCAGCAGAUCAAGAAGUUGGAAGAGCUGCAGCAGAAAGUGUCCUACAAGGGUGACCCAAUUGUCCAGCACCGGCCCAUGCUGGAGGAGCGCAUCGUGGAGCUGUUCAGGAACCUGAUGAAAAGUGCUUUUGUGGUGGAGAGGCAGCCCUGCAUGCCCAUGCACCCUGACAGGCCCCUGGUCAUCAAGACAGGUGUGCAGUUCACCACCAAAGUCAGGUUGUUGGUCAAGUUCCCAGAGCUGAACUAUCAGCUGAAAAUCAAAGUCUGCAUUGACAAGGACUCUGGGGACGUUGCUGCCCUUCGUGGGUCCCGCAAGUUUAACAUCCUGGGGACCAACACCAAGGUGAUGAACAUGGAGGAGUCAAACAAUGGCAGCCUCUCAGCAGAGUUCAAGCACCUGACCCUGAGGGAGCAGCGCUGUGGGAACGGAGGCCGAGCCAACUGUGAUGCCUCGCUGAUAGUCACUGAGGAGCUGCACCUCAUCACUUUUGAGACAGAGGUGUAUCACCAGGGGCUGAAGAUCGACCUGGAGACCCACUCGCUGCCUGUGGUGGUCAUCUCCAACAUCUGCCAGAUGCCCAACGCCUGGGCAUCCAUCCUGUGGUACAACAUGCUGACCAACAACCCCAAGAACGUGAACUUCUUCACCAAGCCCCCCAUUGGCACCUGGGACCAGGUGGCAGAGGUGCUGAGCUGGCAGUUCUCCUCCACCACCAAGCGCGGGCUCAGCAUCGAGCAGCUCACCACGCUGGCAGAGAAACUGCUGGGACCAGGUGUGAAUUACUCUGGCUGUCAGAUCACCUGGGCCAAGUUCUGCAAGGAGAACAUGGCUGGCAAAGGCUUCUCUUUCUGGGUCUGGCUGGACAACAUCAUUGACUUGGUGAAGAAGUACAUCCUGGCACUGUGGAACGAAGGGUACAUCAUGGGCUUCAUCAGCAAGGAGCGGGAGCGAGCCAUCCUGAGCACCAAGCCCCCAGGGACCUUCCUGCUGCGCUUCAGUGAGAGCAGCAAGGAGGGUGGCAUCACCUUCACCUGGGUGGAGAAGGACAUCAGUGGAAAGACACAGAUCCAGUCGGUGGAGCCUUACACCAAGCAGCAGCUCAACAACAUGUCCUUUGCUGAGAUCAUCAUGGGCUACAAGAUCAUGGAUGCCACCAACAUCCUGGUGUCCCCUCUGGUGUACCUGUACCCAGACAUCCCCAAGGAGGAGGCAUUUGGGAAGUACUGCCGCUCUGAGAGCCAGGAGCACUCGGAAGCCACGGACUCAGGUAGUGCUGCUCCAUACCUGAAGACCAAGUUCAUCUGUGUCACCCCCACCUCCUUCAGCAACACCAUCGACCUGCCCAUGUCCCCGCGCACGCUGGACUCGCUCAUGCAGUUCGGCACCGGCGGCGAGGGCGCGGAGAGCAACGCAGGGGGGCAGUUUGAGUCGCUGACCUUCGACAUGGAGCUGACCCCAGAGUGCGCGUCCUCGCCCAUGUGAGGGGCUGCGGCUCAGCCUUCCCACCUCCAGAGCCUCCCCUGGAUUUGUCCCACUCGGCUGCAGCUGCUCCAGGAACUGCUGGGGUCCCUGCAUGGGUCAGGUCCUCACCUAACCCAGCCCCUCUCUGGAGUGGUGCAGCUCAUCUCUGGGGGAGGGGGAUGAACCUUUUUCUAUUUCCUUCCAUAACAGUUUUCUAUUAUUUUUGCUCAUUCAAGUGCC